UGUGGCCGGGACCAUGGGGAUGAGCUGCUGAAAUCUCUGGGGAUCAGCAGAACAAUGCCAGCGAGAGCAUUGUGCUGACGGCUCCGCAAAUGCUGGCAGCAGCUCCUGGCCAGCAGCGCCCUAUAAAAGCCGAGCCGCUGAAGUAGGCAGGCAUGACAUGGGCGAAGCAGCAGUACCGCCUGAGCUAGAUACCUUUCCAGCAGCAAAGAUGGCUCAGACAAACCCUCUGCCUGUCCCCAUGGGCCCCUGGAAGAUCACCGUAUACGAUCAAGAAAAUUUCCAGGGCAAGAGGAUGGAGUUCACCUCGGCCUGUCCAAACAUCAUGGAGUGUGGUUUCGAUAACAUCCGCUCCCUAAAGGUGGAGUGUGGCGCCUGGGUCGGUUAUGAGCACACCGGCUUCUGCGGGCAGCAGUUCAUCCUGGAGAGGGGAGAGUACCCGCGCUGGGACGCCUGGAGCGGCAGCAACGCCUACCACAUCGAGCGCCUGAUGUCCUUCCGCCCCGUCUGCUCUGCUAAUCACAAGGAAUCCAAGAUCACCGUCUUCGAGAAAGACAACUUCAUCGGCCGCCAGUGGGAGAUAAGCGACGACUACCCCUCGCUGCAGGCCAUGGGCUGGGCCAACAACGAAGUGGGCUCCAUGAAGAUCCCCUGUGGCGCCUGGGUUUGCUACCAGUAUCCCGGGUACCGCGGCUACCAGUACGUCCUGGAGGCCGACCACCACGGGGGAGACUACAAGCACUGGAGAGAGUGGGGAUCACACGCCCAGACCUCCCAGAUCCAGUCCAUCAGGCGCAUCCAGCAGUAGCUGCCCGACGCCCGGCCCCCACUCUCGAGCACAUCUUUGCAAGGUUUCUAAAGCUCACCGGCUCCCUUUUGGUGCUAAUACUCCCCUCCUGAAAUAACAACCCCUUCUUGUACUGCAACUGCUUAUGGAACAACACUCCUAAACGGUACCAGCUGCCACAACUGCCAAUAAAUGUGACUGAAAG